UGUUAGGACCAGGAAGACCAACAGGAGACUACAGGCAGCAGUAUGCUAUGCUAGCAGAUGCUAGCGCUGUCACAGGACUCAUAGGUUUUUAAAACUUCAGUUGAGACCCAGUCAUGUCUCAGGUGGAGAAGAAGGCUGGGCUUCUUAGGAGGACGUCGUCCUCUAAAAAACCCUUGAAAGAGAAGGUGGUACUGAUGUAUGAUGAGAUAUUUGCAAAAGAGGACCCAGCCAAAAACAACCCACGCUUCUGGGAUGAGCUGUUUCUUAUGAAGGUGAACCUGGAGUAUCUUGAGUCUAAACUGGAGUGUGUAGAUGGGGAAGAAGUCCAGCGCAUUCAAGACAACAUCAACUCCCUGUUUCACCACUGUGUUCAGGCUCUGGGUGAGGAGCACCAGAUCAAAGUGGUCAAUGCCCUGCAGACACUGUGCGCACUUUUCCGUGGUGUUCAUCAAAAGAACAAGUCGGCAUCUGGAUUUGACAUCAUCAACAUGCUCAUGGGUUUUGAUAAAGCUGAACAAAGGAUGAAGGACCUGAUGGAGAGACUGGACAGCCUUCUUUGUGGCGAUGGCUCAGAAAGCCUGAAGAGCCUCUGUCUCAAACUGCUGCUCUGUCUGGUGACGGUAACAGACAACAUUAGUCAGAACACAAUACUGGAAUAUGUGAUGAUCAACAGCAUCUUUGAAGCCAUUCUACAAAUUCUGGCAGAUGUAUCCAGUAGAGGGCAGCAUGGUUAUGAUGCUGUGGUGCUUCUGGCUUUAUUGGUCAACUACAGGAAAUAUGAGUCCGUGAAUCCAUACAUUGUGAAGCUGUCCAUUAUUGAUGACGAGCCAACACUAGAUGGAAUGGGAAUGGUCGUUAACCAAGCUCUGACUGAGUAUAACAGGCAGUACAAAGAUAAAGAGGAGGAGAACCAGGGUGGGUUUUUCUCUACCCUAACCAGUAUGGUGGGCAGCAUGUUUAUAGCAGAUGCUGAUGAGAAACUCUCUGUGCAGACAAACGAGGCGAUUCUGCUGGCACUCUAUGAAGCUGUGCACCUUAACCGUAACUUCAUCACUGUAUUAGCACAGAGCCACCCUGAGAUUGACAUCCCAACCACCCCCACCACCCCUACUCCAACAACACCUACAACUCCACUUGGCACAACGCCACCCUCUCUAGACAUGAUGAACAACCCAGAACUGCCUCUGGAUCCCAAUCUGCAGACCAGCAACCUUCUCAUCACCUUCCUCAAGUAUGCCUCCAUUGUAAUGCAGGACACUAAAGAUGAGCAUCGACUCAACAGUGCCAGACUGUGCCUAAUUAUCCUCACCUGCAUAGCAGAGGACCAGUAUGCUGAUGCCUUUCUUCAUGAUGACAAUAUGAAUUUCAGAGUCAAUCUCCACAGAAUGCCAAUGAGACACAGAAAAAAAGCAGUGGACAAGAACAUCCCUUCACGGCCGCUGGUGUGUGCUGUACUAGACCUGAUGGUGGAGUUCAUUGUCACACAUAUGAUGAAGGACUUUCCAAUGGACUUAUACUUACGCUGUGUGCAGAUCAUCCACAAACUGCUAUGCUACCAGAAGAAAUGCCGAAUCCGAUUGCACUACACUUGGAGGGAGUUGUGGUCAGCUCUCAUCAACCUGCUGAAGUUCCUGCUGUCAAAUGAGACUACACUGCUGGCCAAGCACAACAUCUUUCAUUUGGCCUUACUGGUAGUGAACCUAUUUAAUAUGUUCAUAACAUAUGGCGACACGUUCCUGCCCACGUCCAACAGCUACGACGAGCUGUACUAUGAAAUCGUACGAAUGCACCAGGUCUUUGACAACCUCUACUGUAUGGUUCUGAGAGUAUCAACCAACACAGGCCAAUGGAAGGAGCCAGCCAGCAAAGUCACACAUGCCCUCAUCAAUGUUCGGGCCAUCAUCAACCAUUUCAACCCCAAGAUUGAGUCGUAUGCUGCCGUGAACCACAUCUCACAGCUGUCAGAGGAACAGGUGUUAGAGGUGGUGCGUUCAAACUACGACACGCUGACCCUCAAACUACAGGAUGGUCUGGACCAGUUUGAGAGAUAUGCGGAGCAGCCCAAAGAGGCCGCGUUCUUUAAGGAGCUGGUCCGCUCCAUCAGUCUGAACGUGAGGAAGAACGUCUCUUUGAACACCAUGAGUCAGGACAUCCUGCUCAAAGAGUUCUCCACCAUCUCCUGAGACACACACACACACACACACACACACGUCAACACAAGUCAUCCUCUGUCUCCUGAAUGAUGGAAAGCCACAGAGAGAGAUUGACACAGACAGACAGACAGACAGACAGACAGACUGACUGGGUGCACAUUAAGGAUAAACCUGAAACUUUCCACACCUGCUUCCUUUUUGGUCGGUCCCUUUUGUGUGUGUGUGGGGGGGGUUCUUUAAGGACGUGUCUGUAUUGCACUGUUUCCUCGUGUGCAAUCUUACAGUAUUGGCUGGACUGUUAACUGACCCAUGAAAGUCUGGACUCGAGAAAUUUAAACAAAUGUUUUUUGUUUUUUUUAACUCCGAUCAUCUUCGCCACCCUUUUUCCUGCCACUGAUGUUGAUGUAAGUAGCUUCUGCUUCAUCUCCCCGGUAAUUAAUCAGAUCUAGUCUUACAACAUAUGCGAUUGUGAGCCUAUUUUUUUGGCGUUGAGAUCUUACUCUGAAUCUGAAUUUUCUCCACAGAUUAAUGCUUGGUGUGUGAAUGUUAAUGUAAAUUAAAGUGUUUUAUCUUUUCGUGUUUGCUGAGGGGGAGAACGUUUGAGUUGAGGACGCGAUAUCUAAAGCGAUGAGGUCUUUAUUGGUAUUGCAACUCAAAGCCACGAUAAACAUUAAUUACUGUACAUGAUUCAGGUUCUUUUUAAAAAAAAAAAAUGUUUUGAAGUGGGUGGCCAGUUCAAGUUACCAUUCCACACAUUCAUCCAUUUUAACGUUAUUUUUAUUUUUAGGGUUUCUUUUCUUUCUUCAUUUUUUUUUGAUUGGAAGCAGUUUCUGAAUUAUGCAAUUUCUUCAAGCGUAGGCUCUCUGUUCUUUCAUCUCUAAUUUCUGUAGGUAUAUUUAUGUUUCUUUUUAAAUAAAAGUUGGUUUCCUACCACA